AUGUUGAAUUUUUACCGUCGCUUCAUUCCCAAUGCAGCUCGUUUUCAAGCACCGUUGAACGCCUUACUCGCUGGUCCGAAGGUCAAAGGCGCACACCCUGUCGAGUGGACACCCGAGCUGCAAGAGGCUUUCAAGUACUGCAAGUCUUCACUCUCUCAAGCCGCACUCCUUGCUCAUCCCAAUCCUACAGCUGAUCUCGCAAUAGUGACCGACGCUUCAGAGUCGGCUAUUGGAGCAGUUCUGCAGCAACGUGCUGGAAAGGGUUGGCAGCCUCUGGCUUUCUACUCGCACAAGCUAAGUCCUUCACAGACAAAGUAUAGCCCUUACGACCGUGAGUUGCUAGCUGUUUACGAGGCAAUCAAAUACUUUCGGCACAUGGUUGAGGCCCGAGCGUUUUCAGUGUUCACCGACCACAAGCCGCUAACCUUUGCCUUUUCUCAAGCCAAAGAUAAGUGCUCACCUAGGCAAUUUCGGCACUUGGAUUUUAUUGCGCAGUUCACUACUGAUCUUCGAUAUAUUCCUGGCCCUGAAAACGUUGUCGCUGAUGCCCUCUCCCGAGUUGAAGAAAUUACAUUAUCUUUGGAUUACCAGAAACUUGCGCAGUCUCAGGAGAAUGACCCUGAACUGCAAGAUCUGCUGCUUCACGGUUCUUCCCUCAAGCUUCAAAAGAUACCGACCACGUACUGCCUUACUGUCAUCGACAGAUUUACCCGAUGGCCUGAGGCAUAUCCACUUCAGGACAUCACUGCGGAGAGCUGCGCUGCCGCCCUCGUGUCGGGUUGGAUUGCCAGGUUUGGCUGUCCCGAGCGAAUAACCACUGAUCGCGGCCGUCAAUUUGAGUGCCACCUCUUCGAGGCCCUUGCUGCCAUGGUUGGUGCGCACCACUUCCGCACGACCGCCUACCACCCUGCGGCGAACGGCAUCGUCGAGCGUCUACAUCGACAACUCAAGGCGGCGAUCAUGUGCCAUGCUCCUUCGCAGUGGCAUGAAGCUCUUCCGUUGGUCUUGCUUGGCAUGCGCAGCGCUUUUAAAGAGGAUCUUCAAUCAUCCCCUGCUGAGUUGGUGUAUGGCGAAACUCUUCGCCUCCCAGGUCAGUUCCUGAGUCCGAGGGAUGAUUACAAAACUGCCGAUGUCACGCAGUACGCAACCCGGCUUCGCGCGUACAUGGCCAAGCUCACCCCUCGGCCAACUUCAUGGCAUGUCACUUCAUCGUUUUAUGUUCCACGGGAUCUUCAGUCCAGUUCGCAUGUUUUCGUCCGGCAAGAUCGCCUCAGAACAUCAUUGGAGCCUCCAUAUGCUGGUCCAUUCAGAGUGAUCAAGAGACAACCAAAGUUUUAUACUUUGGACAUAAACACAAAGGAGGUGAACGUCUCUAUAGACAGGCUUAAGCCAGCAUAUGCAACACAUGAUUCAAGAGAGGCAGAGUUUCCAGUCGUCAAUGAAGAAAAUGUCAGGCAGACCUCCAGCGGCAGAAUAGUGAGGUAUCCUGACUUCUACCGACCGUAG